ACGAGAGUGAGUGACGUAUUAUUUCAGCGCCAGGGGCGGGGCCUGUUUUGAACGUAAGGCGGGGAUACCUAAUGACGUGUUUAUGUAAGCUAACAAGUUUAUGUCUUGCGAGAACUGCUUAAACUGUGAAAAACGAUGUUAACCGGAUUGUCGUCAAAUUGGGAAUGAUUCACUUCCUAACAAACGACUGCGCAGUAACAUAACGUCUAAUUUUGGACGUUACGUUUGGCGUUAAAUAUGCCUAUCCGAGCACGGUGUAUAAUUUGUGCUGAUUUCUUCGAUCACUCCAAAGAUGUCGCUGCCAUACACUGCGGACACACUUUCCACUAUGACUGUAUUAUCCAGUGGUUUCAGACAGCACCAACAAAAACCUGUCCACAGUGCAGGAAACAGGUCAGCACCAAACACAUAAUCAGCAAGCUCUUCUUCGAUGUUGGUGAGGAGGAGGAGGUUCGCUUAGACCCUGAAAGUCUUCAGAAUGAGCUGGAUCGAUUGAAGGCACAUCUGAGCUCCAAAGAGCGAGACUGGCGGGACAAACAGAAAGUGAUGGACACUUUGAAAGAAAUGGUGGACAAGCAGAAAAAGGACCUGGACAGGGGAAAGCGGGAGAUCAUGGAAAAGGAGGGUCUCUGUUCUACUCUUAAAAAGCAGAUGGUGUAUUUGGAGACACAACAGAAGAAUGCCCAGUCUGCCAGAGAGGAGGCCCAGAGACUCAGAACCAAAAUGAAAACCUUUGAAAGUUUGGACAUGUUGCUGCGGGGUCAGAGAGACGAAGUGGAGUCCAUGGUCAGAGAUAUGGGCGUCAGCCAUGCAGCAGUGGAGCAGCUCUCCAUCUACUGCAUCUCCUUGAAAAAGGAGUACGACAACCUGAAAGGAAGCCUUAAAUCGUCACAUGACCUGUGUGAGAAGCUAAAAAGAGAAGUGCUCUCCUCCAACAACAAGUUGCAGAAAGCUUCAGUUGAGGUGAAUCAAAGUAAGGACGACAUGAAGGCUCUGCAAAAUGAUCUGACCAGCGCUGACAAGGAAAUCUCAAGUCUAAAGAAGAAAGUAGAGUUCCUUCAGAAGACCCUGACCACACCAACCCGAACAAACGAAGCCCUCAGCCGUCUCAUCUUUGAAAGUCCCGCUCCUCUAGAACUGAAGCAGCCACGUCUGCACCAGCAAGCUGACAGUCAGGACAUAGAUCUGAACAUGACCUAUGACAUCUCAACACCAGAGGAUGUGGCCAAGAGGCGGGUUUCCUCCAAGAAGAUGCGUCUCGACCCUCCAGCGACAACCACGUCCAAACCCAGAGACAAGAGUGCAACAGCCAAUAAGACUCACCAGGACGAUGGAUCCAUGGACACGUUCUUGAAGAAUUCUCUUCUGUUCAGAAAGAAAACCUUUGGCAGCAUGCUGGAUCCUCAGCGGAAACCUGGAGUUGUGAGAACUGGUUAUGAUGGAUUAGGAGGUCGAACCAAAUUCAUCCAGCCUUCUCCUCUGGCAGAGAUCCGCCCAUUGAUAAAAGCUAAGAGGAAAAAGGUGACGCGGCCUCCACCUAGAGCUGAAACCUGUCUGACACUUGACAGCUUUCUGGAGUGAACUUCAGCUGCACCUCCUCAGGGUGAAGUCUGAAGACUGUUGCUGACACACUGGUGACAAAAACAAACCUGCUGGAUAAUUUUUUAAUUUUUGGUCUUGAUUGGAUGUUGACUGUUACAGCUACUGUGUCUCUGUUUGGAACUUGUUUGAACAUCUGAAUGCUUCACACACACCAGUGACUUUUUGCCGAAUAUUAAGAAACUGUCUCUCUGAUGAUGAGGCUGCCUGGUGUGAUAUAAAUGUAUAUAAUUUAUUUAAAUAGCACCAAAUCAUCAUGUGGAAAUAUUUUUAGUUGUAUUAGACUGUGGUGUUGUAAACCCCAAUUAAAAACAAUAAACUUGACUUUUUAACUAAUGUGAAUGUGGAGCUGUGCCUUUUUCAACCUGAAACAGUUCCUUGCCUAUUCCUGUAGAGGGCAGUGUUGUCUCAGUUGACCUGUUUCUGUAAAGAAAUGUGCAUUACUGUACUGUGUUCUGUUAUUUAAGAUAACAGUUUCAGUUGAUGUGGUGCACCAGACCAUUUCAGUUGGUAAUGGUAUUUUGCAAUUCCUACAAAUAAUGGAUCAUUGCAUUUGGUCAUAAUUUUUCAGAAAAAAAAAAGAAUAAAUUUGUAUUGUGAAAACUUGUGAAAUGUAUCAUGAGUUGAGUGUAGUGUUACUGACCUAAACUACAUGCAAACAAAUAAAGCAUGAAUGAAUGAGUUUCAUUCUUGCUAUCAUUUUACAUUUCCUAUCCUGAAAGAUAAUUAAUAUGCCAUAUAUUUAUUCUACCUCAAGCACUCGAUGAAAUCCUGUGGGGUGUUCAGAAGUGAAUAUUUCCUGUGAGUUAGUGAAAAUUUCAAAUUUCCUGCAGAACUAAAUCAGCAGCAACAGUAACAGAAGGGUGAUGUAUAUGAAAGAAGAAUAGACUUUAUCUGCAUAAUGUUUUUUACACUGGAUGCUGACUUCCUCACACAACCUAACCUGGUCUUACAGGCGUCCAAUGUUGAUUUUGGUGAUUGUUAACUGAAGGAAAAGAAAACCACAAACACAUAAACAACCCUUCAAAAACAUUCAUGUUCAGUCGACACAUAAUCCAUGCAGUGCGUUUGGAAAUUUAGCGAACAUCCUUUCUUCACUGGGGAGAGAUUCCACACACUUUUCUCCAAGGAGAGUAAAAAUAAUAAGGACUGAAGCUGCACGAUGUAACCCACAUCUACUGUCACUGUGUGGUCAAUAUGCUGAUGGACAUAUGAGCAGUGCUUGAUCUCUCUCUCUGAUAAAGAGUGUACAUGUCAUAAUCUGUGCAUAAACCCCCUGCAUCUUACUGUGCUUGGCCAAUCAGAUGUGACCUUACUGAUCCAUAAACCCACUCUAUGCAAGUAAUCAAGGUAGGGGGUGGAGCACAGAGAGAGAGAGAGAGGUUUGCAGUUUCAUGGGAUGAACAAGUGAAGCAGAGUAAAGGACGGAUGUAGAGCCUGUGAAUAUCAGUAAUUUCAGGUGAUAUGACAAAAAUACAGGAAGUAUAAAGAAGCUGGAUGGAGAACCUUUCGAAGAUCUACCAGAGACAGGAAGUGCUCUGUUGGUUUGGGUCCAAGGAAACAUCAGAUACCGUUGUCCUGACAGUCCUGGGGUUUCAGUUGCAAGCUCUAAAUUCCAUGUGUGUCAUAUGACCUAAGCUGUCCAGUGAAGGCCAGAGCAUGUUGUAUAUAUCAGUUUCACUUCACAGAUUUCUGCAAAGACAUGACCCAGGUUUGCUGAUGAUCCAGAUAUCAACACACACAGAGUCUAAGCAUGUUCACCCUCCCAGUUCAGUUCCAUAUGUAUUUCCUCAUCUCUUGCUUCACAGAUAUGUUAACAUCAUGUUCUAUAGGAGAGGACCUGGCAUUGGCAACAAAGAUUAAAAAAAGACAAGUGCUGCAUUCACAGUCCUUUUCCUGACUUCCACCCUGCAGUGACAACAGUUCAGUCUGCAGCCUCAGAGAAUAUGUUGAAUUCACAGCCGGCCAUGAGAAAUCAAUUCAUCAGCAUUCGGCAAAAUCAAUACACAAGAUUUUAGGUUUUGUUUUUCACUAGAAACUAUCAGAUGCAUGUAGAGAAAGGUCAAUAUAAGUUUGCCGUCUCUCAUUUCUCAUUUUGUCAUUUCACUCAUGACGUGCACUGAAGGUAAAAAAAAAACGUCAGUCAUUUUCACACCCUAAAAAUAUAAUCGUCCAAUUCCUUGACUCAUGACUCAUUCUGAUAAACUUCAUCCUGAUUCUUGUUCUGAUUCUUCUGAUUCUUCUGGUGGAUGUACAAAUAUAUGAAGCAAAAAAAUAAGAAACUAAUAUUUCAAAUUUUGACCUUAAUCGAAACAUUUACCGUAAUAGUCAGAAUAUAAGUGUGUUUGAGUAUAAAUCGCAGGAAAGCAAGGUUUACUAUUGCUAUUUAUUACAGGUGACGUAUCAUUCUUCUCCCUCAAAUUUCCUAUGGUACCUGAACGCCCCUUGUUAUGGACACGUUUUACAACAUCAUACAAACGUUGUACAAGUUAUUUCAACACUGUUUCUAUUUAUUUUCCUAUAAAACACUCCAAACAUAAUGACCUGUUCUGCAGGUUUAGUUCGUUUUUUUCAGAACUUUCAAACCCAUUAACGCAGCCACGUGUACCUGUCACACUCUGUGCCCAUGGGCCUCAGACCUGUCAGUGGUGAAGCUCACCGCACGUCACUGCCUCGCCUGCCUCCACUGACUGCACGUCACUGCUGCCAGAAGACCGUUAAAGUCGUGGUUUUACGUGACGUCCAAACUACGCUGAUUUAUGCUGGGAUUCUCAUUUUUCUGCUUCAUACAAAUUAAAUUAUGAAACUUUAUUUUGGUCCUCAACACACAACACUGUUCUGGUCAGCACUCAGAGAGUUAGUAAUAUUUUAAUUAUUGCACCUGUUAAGUGAAUUACUCUACACUGAAGAUGUGACUGGUGUCACACGAUGACUGACCCACUCCUCGUGUCACUCGUCCAUGUAACAGAGUUUUAAGUUCAAAUGAUAACAACCCAUUGGUCGUCACAAAUAUCCACAUGCUUCAUAUUUUCCUCAUAUCGUGCAGCCCUAACGCCAACCCUUCACCAGUCUAAUGUACGGAUCAAGAUGUUGGGAAACCUCAUCAUCUUUACAGUCUGAGUGUGUGAUAUGGUAAAGAAUCAGUU